AUGCGCAGACGCGUGGCUAUAGCCGGCCGGUCAGUGUCCGCAGGCUCCGACCCGGCCGCCAACACCAGUAAGCUACAAGGAGGAGCUUUACCACUGCCUGUGUUGCUACUACCGGCGCGACUUCCCAGCCUGCAGCAUAGGGUGCAGCAAGGUCCUGACGCUGAGCGAGCAGGCGCUGCACACCAAGUGGUUGUCGCCUGGCGGGCACAAACAGAAGUCGGGGAAAAGCUCCUCAAUGGCCACUGCAAGCCCGCUAGCUCCGGCUGCAGCGGUUGCCGCACACUCGCCUCACCUGAGCCUGCGUCAGACAAGGGCAGCAUGUGUGAAGACUGCAGGCCAUACCCCUCACCAACCUCUGAGGAAAUGACAGACUCAAUGGCUGGGCAUCUGCCAUCGGAGGAUUCUGACUGUGGGAUGGAGAUGCUGACAGACAAAGGCCUGAGUAAGGACCCAUGGCCUGAGGAGAGGCCAGCCGAGGACAGUCAAGGUGACGUGAUCCGACCCCUGUGGAAGCAGGUGGAGCUGCUCUUCAACACACGAUAUGCCAAGGCCAUUGGCAUCUCGGAGCCCAUCAAGGUGCCAUACUCCAAGUUUCUGAUGCACCCGGAGGAACUGUUUGUGGUGGGGUUGCCUGAAGGCAUCUCCCUCCGCAGGCCCAACUGCUUCGGGAUCGCCAAGCUCCGGAAGAUUCUGGAGGCCAGCAACAGCAUCCAGUUUGUCAUCGAGAGGCCCAGGCUGCUCACCGAGGGAGUCAAAGAGCCCAUCGUCAACAGUCAAGGAACUGCCUCCUCACUUGGCUUCUCUCCCCCUGCCCUGCCCCCAGAGAGGGAUUUUGGGGACCCUCUGGUGGGCGAGAGCCUGAAGAGACAGGGCUUUCAAGAUGGAGUGUCGCUUUGUUGCCUAGGCUGGAGUGCAGUGGCAUGAUCUUGGCUCACUGCAACCUCCACUUCCCAGUUCAAGUAGUAAUUCUUGUGCCUCAGCCUUCUAAGUAGCUGGGAUUACAGGCAUGCACCACCAUGCCUGGCUAAUUUUUGUGUUUUUAGUAGAGACAGGGUUUCACCAUGUUGGCCAGGCUGGUCUCAAACUCCCAACCUCAGGUGAUCCACUCACCUCAGCCUCCCAAAGUGCUGAGAUUACAGGUAUGAGCCACCACGCCCAGCCCUCUAAUAUGAAAUUUUAAAACUUUCAGUUAUUGUCAUUUUAAAUUCAAAAAUUUCCAUUUGCUUCAUGUCUUCAUUGGUUUUGCUGGGGUUUUUCAUUUGUUUCAAGCAUGUUUGUCUUUAGUUAUUGGUGAAUUUUUAUGAUGCCUUUUUAAAAAAUCUUUGUCAGAUAAUUCCAACACGUGUCAUUUGGUUCAGAUAUGAUAAGUGAUUUUUUUUUUCUUUUUUGGAGACACAAUCUCGCUCUUGUCGCCCAGGCUGGAGUGCAGUGGUGUGAUCUCGGUUCACUGCAACCUUUGCCUCCCGGGUUCAAGCUAUUCUCCUGCCUCAGCCUCCUGAGUAGCUAGGACUACAGGCUCCCACCACCACACCUGGCUAAUUUUUGUACUUUUAGUAAAGACGGGGUUUCGUCAUGUUGGCCAGGCUAGUCUGGAACUCCUGACCUCAGGUGAUCCACCCGCCUCAGCCUCCCAAAGUGGAUUACAGGUGUGAGGUAUUGUGCCCGGCCUUUUUUUCUUUUUCUUUGGCAGAGUCUCACUCUGUCUCCCAGACUGGAGUGCAGUGGCAUGAUCUCGACUCACUGCAACCUCGACCUCUUGGGUUCAAGUGAUUCUCCUGCCUUAGCCUCCUGAGUAGCUAGGAUUACAGGCAUCCAACACCACGCCCAGCUAAUUUUUGUAUUUUUAGUAGAGAUGAGGUUCAGCUAUGUUGGUCACGAACUCCUGACCUCAGGUGAUCGGCCUACCUUGGCCUCCCAAGGUGCUGGGAUUACAGGCAGGAGCCACUGCCCCCAGAUAGUGAGUGAUUUUUUUUAUUGUGUCUUGAAGGUUUGGGGUGUUAUGUUAGGAGGCUCUCAAUCUAAUUUAAAUAUUCUUUAGCCAACGACACACUGGUGGAGAAAGUGAGUUGUGACCUCAUUACCAUGGGUGGAGGCAGAAAUCCAAGCUCCCCUCUCAGCCCCCACCAAUACCACAGAGAGGGUGGAGAGGACAGGAACAAACAAUUCAUGCUUACCUGGCAGGGCUGGAAGUUCAGUCUCCACCCAACCUCUACUGACACUGUGGAGAAAGGGAAGUGCCCUACACUUCCAAGAGCAGGGGGAGGCGUUUCAGGUUCCC